AUGGCAGUUUCUCCUCGUUCACAGCUUGAUUUGAAAGAGAAGGUGCUUCUUUUCCCUCAAGAGUCAGCCACUGCCUACAUGUCCCUGCUACCUUCAGUGUGGAAGUCCCUGCAGAACUUCACGCUGUGCCUGAGGUCCUUCACAGAUCUCACCCACCCCUACAACCUCUUCUCCUACAACACGCACUCCCAGGACAAUGAGCUGCUUAUCUUUCUUGAAGAAGGAGAAUACCAGCUGUACAUUGGGAAUUCCCAGGCCAUUUUCAAGGUCCCCCCAUCACCUUACAACCCUAGGCAUAUGUGUGUGAACUGGGGGUCGGACUCUGGGAUUGCUGAAUUCUGGAUGGAUGGGAAGCCCUUGGGAAGGAAGGGUAUCAGGAAGGGGUACACCUUGGGGGCCGAUGCAAAGAUCAUCCUGGGACAAGAGCAAGAUUCCUUUGGGGGAAAUUUUGAUGUCAGACAAUCCUUUGUUGGAGAGAUAUGGGAUGUGUCCUGUAUGUCAAGUAUUUAUCCCAGUAAUAGGAAACUGACCAAUACAUUUAUCAAACAGCUUAUCUUUCUAACUGUUCCUGAGUGCAAACUCUUCAACCACAUGGUUUGGGCCCCAAACCUAAAUCCUCACUUAGUGAUGAAAGAUCCUUCAAGUACUCAGAAUCUUUAUGACUGGUUUCCUCAUUCUUAA